AGAAUAACCUUGGCUAUUAAGCGUAUUCGUGAGAUACUCGAUAAAGAUCAAGUUCAAGCGAACAAAGCACGUCUGGGGAAAGAAAUAAAACAGCUUCGAAAGGACUACGAAAUUGCUCGAGAGCAGAAUGGUGAGCUGUAUGAUCUAGUGGAGGCAGAAGAACACGACACCCUGGAUCAGUGGGAAAAUGAUUUGGCUAAUGAUGUAUUUUCCAUUGAAGAAGAAGUGGAAGUUUCUUUAAUCGCGCUUGAACAAAAUCAAGUUAACAUGAGCGGUUCUGUGGGGGACUCGAGCCACGCAAGUAACACGAGCGGUUCCGUGGGGGAGUCGAGCCACGCAAGUAACACGAGCGGUUCUGUGGGGGACAGAGCCACGCAAGUAACACAAGUGGUUCUGUGGGGGAUGCAAAUCACUCAAGUGACGCAGACGAUUCUGUUGGAGAGGCUAGUCAUGCAAGUAACGCGAGUGACGCAAAUAGUUCUGUCGGGAACUCAGUUCAGUCAAAUGGCACUAAUGUAUCGGCAAAUUCCCAGGUCCAGCCCGUUCCUGCCCAGGAUUUGACAAUCGUGGAAAAUCACGCUGGUCACACUUCUACUAAUAAUGUUGAAGCUCAACAGACCAUACAGACGUCAAAACAACCGCAUGUUUCACAUCAAGUGGCAUUAAAUGUUGCUUCUAAAGGCAAGCUGGAGCAUGCCUGCUCAUUUGACUUUUGGAUUGACAACCUCCUUGAGUUUAAGAGACAGUCCUUCCCAAGUCUGACGUAGGACGAUAGCUGAUGCGCUUUUCAAAUUAGAAGCUAAUAAGGACAUUCCUUAUUAG